AUGUCGGGAAAAUCUCUCGGACAAACCAUGUUAGUUGGUCGGAUUAUGGGUGAGUGCAGAAGCGAGCAAAAAGGCCCCACCGACCUCUUCACGUCAACACCACAAGUAAAAAAAAUGGCCGAGAUCCAGCAAUUCAACGUGCCUCAGUCGUACCGUGACACCAUUUUGAAAUGGAAUGGCUGGGGUUACCGGGACUCUUUUUUCGCGAUCAACAAGAAUGGAGACGUUGAAUUCACCGGCUCAAGAUACGAGAUGUCGGGGCAAGCGCUGCCACUGCUUCGGCCAUGGUUUGAGCAAAAUCUCGGGAUCGAUCUCGACUACAAGACGCCAAGCCAACCGCAACAACAAUUCAAAGUCGACCCACCAAAUAACAAUCAAGUGUUCAUCGAUUUUCUUCGUGUCCACGAUAUCGCCUACUCGAACGCCCCACAGCAUCGUGUGAUGCGCGCUCAUGGGCAUACGGUUCAUGACAUGAUGCAUUUACGUUACGGCAAGAUACCCCGAUAUCCAGAUUUGAUCGUUUGGCCUAAAGAUGAGAGUCAAGUGGAGAAAAUUGUUGAAGCGGCGAAUCGCUUUAAUCAGGCGUUGAUUCCAAUCGGUGGAGGUACUUCGGUUUCAAAUGCUUUGGAUUGCCCACUUCCUGAGCCUCGUUCCAUUGCAUCGAUUGAUAUGGCGCUUAUGGAUCACAUUUUGUGGAUCGACUCACAAAAUCUCACUUGUCGUGCGGAAGCUGGAAUCAUCGGUCAAACACUUGAAAAAGAGCUGAAUGCAAAAGGGUACACUUGUGGACAUGAGCCGGAUUCGAUCGAGUUCUCCUCGCUCGGUGGCUGGGUGUCGACGCGAGCGAGUGGGAUGAAGAAAAAUCGAUAUGGAAACAUUGAAGAUUUGGUGGUGCAUUUGAAUUUCGUCACCUCGAAAGGACUCAUUCAGCGGCAAUGUCAAGUGCCUCGUCUUUCGUCUGGCCCUGACCUUCAGCAUGUGAUUCUUGGAUCUGAAGGAACACUCGGAGUUGUCACUCAGGUUACUUUGAAGAUUUUCCCGAUUCCACCAGUGAAACGCUUUGGCUCUUUGGUGUUUCCAAAUUUCAAUGCUGGUGUCGCCUUUUUCCGUGAAGUGGCAAAACAUAGAUGCCAACCAGCAUCACUUCGUUUGGUUGAUAAUGAACAAUUUAUCAUGGGACAAGCUAUGAAGACAGAAAAUAAAGGACUAUGGACGGGAUUGAAAGCGAGCGCCUCAAAGAUGUACGUGACAUGGUGGAAAGGGUUUAAGGUUGAUGAAAUGGUGGCAGCAACUUGUGUUUUUGAAGGAAGCGAAGAAGAAGUGGAACAACAAGAGCGGAGACUGUACGCACUUGCUGAACAGUUCAAAGGAGUGGUUGGCGGUGAAGAGAACGGUCGAUACGGAUAUCGUCUCACAUUUGCUAUUGCAUACUUGAGGGAUCUUGGCAUGGAAUACAGUGUGCUUGGUGAAUCGUUUGAGACUUCGGUGCCUUGGGAUAAGGUGCUCAACCUUUGCCGAAACGUGAAGCAAUUGAUUAAACGAGAAGCGAAAGCUGCUGGCGUCAAAUACCCAGUGUUGGCUAGUUGUCGAGUUACUCAAGUGUACGAUGCUGGAGCAUGCGUUUAUUUCUAUUUUGGCUUCAACUCGAGAGGCCUUGAUAACUCGCUUGAAGUCUAUGAUCGAAUUGAGACAGCAGCCAGAGAUGAAAUCAUUGCUUGCGGUGGAUCGAUUUCACAUCAUCAUGGAAUCGGAAAGCUUCGUAAACAAUGGAUGAAGGGUACUGUGGGAACGGUGGGGCUUGAUCUGCUUGCUGCUAUCAAGCAUGAACUUGAUCCAAAGAACGUCUUUGCGAAUGCGAACCUGAUCGAUUUGCCCUCUGCGAAAUUG